AUGAGCAGCAGCACUAGUCAAGCCUUGAAGGGCAUCAAGAAUAAACAGCGGAGACAGAAAGUCUAUGAAAACAUCAAGAAGCAAAAAGAUAAGGAGCGUCACAAGCUUAGAGCCGAGAGAGCCCAAGAAGAACGGUUGAAUCCAGCACUACGCGAGCAGAGAAUAGCAGAGAAUGUACCCGAGACUAUUGAAUCUAAGCGGGUAUUUGAUGAGACUAUAGCGAGCGAGGUUGAAGGCAGUGACGAAUUUGCACGUUAUUUCGAAAACCUCACCACGGACCCAAAGAUACUACUCACCACCAAUAUCGGAGCCAAGAAAGCAGCGUAUGAGUUUGCAGACAUGUUGAUGGAUUUCUUGCCAAAUACCACAUUCGUUAAACGUAAGCGGGAUUUCAAUAUUCAGGAGAUGGCCAAAUUUUGCUCCAACAGGGAGUACACCACAUUAGUGAUUAUCAAUGAAGACAAGAAAAAAGUCAAUGGGUUGACGAUGAUUAAUCUCCCCGAGGGCCCAACUUUCUAUUUCUCGAUUAGUUCGAUAGUCGAUGGCAAGAGAAUCAAAGGCCACGGUAGAGCCACAGACCACAUUCCGGAACUCGUGCUAAACAACUUCAACACUAGGUUGGGUAAAACCGUGGGGAGGUUGUUCCAGUCGAUCUUCCCGCACAAGCCUGAAUUGCAAGGGCGGCAAGUUAUCACGUUGCAUAACCAAAGAGACUACAUUUUCUUGAGGAGGCACAGGUAUGUAUUCCGGAACGAAGAAAAAGUGGGGCUCCAGGAGUUAGGGCCGCAGUUUACUUUAAAGUUGAGGCGCAUGCAAAAGGGGGUCAGAGGUGAUAUAGUUUGGGAGUUCAAGCCCGACAUGGAGAAGGACAAAAAGAAGUUCUACUUGUGA